CCCCCCCGCCAUGAAGUUCGCGUACCGGUUCUCCGGCCUGCUGGGCACCGUGUACCGCCGCGGGAACCUCAGCUUCACCCGCGAUGGCAGCGCCCUCAUCAGCCCCGUCGGGAACAGGAUCUCCGUCUUCGACCUGAAGAAUAAUAAGUGUGAGACAUUCCCAUUGGCUACACGGCUUAAUAUUGUGUGCGUGGGGCUCUCUCCAGAUGGAAGUCUUGCCAUUCUAAUUGAUGAAGAGGGAGCUGCCUUGCUUGUCAGUUUGAUCGGGAAAUGUGUGAUACAUCACUUCUAUUUUCACAAGCCAGUUCACAGUGUCAGCUUUUCCCCUGAUGGCAAGAAAUUUGUGAUUACAAAAGACAAUGUUGCUCUUAUGUACCAUGCUCCUGGGAGGACACGAGAAUUUAAUGCGUUUGUUCUGGACAAAACUUACUAUGGUCCAUAUGAUGAAACAACUUGUAUUGACUGGACUGAUGAUUCCAAAUGUUUUGCAGUAGGGAGCAAGGACAUGUCUACAUGGGUGUUUGGAGCAGAACGAUGGGCAAACUUGAUCUACUACUCGCUUGGAGGGCAUAAGGAUAUAAUAGUAGCCUGCUUUUUUGAAGAGAACAGUCUAGAUCUGUACACAAUUAGCCAGGAUGCAGCUCUCUGUGUGUGGCAGUGUGAUACGGAGCUUGAUGGUUUGAAGCCUAUGCCCCCUAAAGAUGCAGCUAGGGAAAAGAGUGCAGCAAAAAAUGAUGAAGAGUUUCUUGAAGAGCCAAAGGGUGAAGAAAUUCACGGAAAAGCCAAUCCAAAUGAACGUGAGACUAGAGAUAAGGUUAAAUAUUCACGUGUUGCAAAGUAUUUUUUCAAUAAAGAAGGAGAUUUUAAUAACCUGACAUCUGCAGCCUAUCACAAGAAAACACACCUUUUAGUCACUGGCUUUGCCUCUGGAAUCUUUCACCUCCAUGAGCUUCCAGAGUUCAACCUGAUCCACUCCUUGAGUAUUUCAGACCAAAGGAUAGCUUCUAUUUCUAUCAACUGUACUGGUGACUGGAUUGCCUUUGGUUGUUCAGGUUUGGGUCAGCUCCUGGUGUGGGAAUGGCAAAGCGAGUCCUAUGUGCUGAAGCAGCAAGGACAUUUCAACAGCAUGGUUUCAUUAGCAUAUUCUCCAGAUGGACAAUACAUAGUAACUGGCGGGGAGGAUGGGAAAGUGAAAGUGUGGAACACUUCAAGCAGCUUUUGUUUUGUCACUUUUACAGAACAUACCAGUGGUGUAACUGCUGUAACUUUUACUUCCAAUGGUUAUGUCAUUUUGAGUGCUUCCCUAGAUGGAACAGUGCGUGCCUUUGAUCUACACAGAUACCGCAAUUUCCGUACCUUUACAUCUCCACGACCAAGUCAGUUCUCUUGUUUAGCUGUGGACUCCAGUGGCGAGAUCGUGUCAGCUGGUUCUCAGGAUUCCUUUGAAAUAUUCAUCUGGUCAAUGCAGAGUGGGAGGCUGCUAGAUGUCUUAUCAGGUCAUGAGGGCCCCAUCAGCAGUUUGUCCUUUAACCCAAUGAAGUGUGUUCUAGCUAGUGGUUCUUGGGAUAAAACUGUCAAGUUAUGGGAUAUGUUAGACAGCUGGAGAACUAAGGAGACACUAAUACUGAACUCAGAUGUUCUUGUUGUUGCUUUCCGUCCUGAUGGCAAGGAGCUUGCAGUUGCUGCUUUGAAUGGACAGAUAACAUUUUGGGAUCAUGAAAAUGCAGUGCAAACUGGCUCAAUUGAGGGAAGGCAUGAUCUUCAGAUGGGAAGGAAGGAGCUUGAUAAAAUAACUGCCAAACAAGCAGCCAAGGGAAAAUCUUUUACUACUCUGUGUUACUCAGCAGAUGGUCAGUCUAUUCUGGCAGGUGGAUUGUCAAAAUUUGUCUGUAUAUAUAAUGUCAAGGAACAGAUUCUUAUGAAAAAAUUUGAAAUCUCAUGCAACUUUUCUUUAGAUGCAAUGGAGGAGUACUUGGAUCGGAGAAAAAUGACCGAAUUUGGCAGCAUGGCUCUGAUUGAUGAAGGGGCUGGAGGUGAAGAUGGUGUUGCCAUUCCUCUUCCUGGAGUAAAAACAGGUGACAUGAGUUAUCGGCACUUUAAACCAGAAAUAAGAGUGACUUGCCUGCGAUUCUCUCCUACAGGACGAAGUUGGGCAGCCACCACCACAGAGGGUCUUCUUAUCUAUUCACUGGACUCAGGGCUAAUUUUUGAUCCUUUUGAGCUGGAUAUUGAUGUCACACCCAGCAAUAUACGCAAAACACUGCAUCAGAAGGAGUAUACUAUGGCUAUCAUCAUGGCCUUCAAGCUGAACGAAAAGAAAUUAAUUCAGGAGGUCAUAGAGGCUGUACCUAGCAAUGAAGUUGAUGUUGUCUGCUCAUCACUCCCAGACCUGUACGUGGAGAAAGUAUUGGAGUUCCUGGCCUCUGCAUUUGAGAUAUCUUGUCAUUUAGAGUUCUAUCUUAUUUGGGCUCAUAAGUUGCUCAUGCUGCAUGGACAGAAACUGAAAACAAGGUCAGUGAAGCUGCUCCCUGUGAUACAGUUCCUUCAGAAAAGCAUCCAACGUCAUUUUGAAGAUGUUUCAAAACUCUGUGAAUGGAAUAUUUACAAUAUUAAAUAUGCAUUGGCCAUUUCACAACAGCGGGGCAUGAAACGUCUGGCAGAAGAAACAUCAGUAGAUGAAGAGGACUUGGAUUCUGACAGUGAUUAUCUUAUGCAAGAAGUUCAUAAAGACAAUUUUAGUUCCUAGUUACUCUUCGUGAGAGGGAGAAAACCUAAGACAGUAAUUCUAUGCAGUGGUAUUCACUGAUAAUGAGUGGCCCUCAUAGUGGCAUAACUGAGGUCUUCUUAACAGUGUGGAUGGAGUUGCAUGUGAGUUAGCAAGGGAAAUGUAGAAUAGGCAUAGUGCCAUCCAUGGCAUAUCUGGUGUACCCUCUGGCCGUAACAACUUGACAGCAUUGAUUUCUUG